UCAUCCUACUACCCUUCCUCGUGUUGUGUGGAGCCGAGCAUGUUGUGGACCCAGCGUGAGUCUGAGUGCCAGUAAGUCGUAGCGUCGACCAUUUCGUAUUCACACCUUCCUUCCACUGCCCCAGCGAUUGCGCCCAAUGGCUUCUCUAACGGGCUUUAUCACUCUUGUUGCUUUCGUACUACCAAGCAUAGCACAGAGCGGUAGCAACAUCCUCGCUUUUGUUGACCCGCUAAUAGGGACGGUAAAUGGCGGCCAUGUGUUUCCAGGCGCGACGUUGCCCUUCGGCAUGGCUAAAGCAGUAGCCGAUGUCAAUGGCGAGGAUCAAGGCGGGUUCGCAAGCGAUGGCUCGAACAUUACAGGCUUCAGCCAUAUGCAUGACAGUGGCACUGGCGGUUCACCCAGCUUAGGCAACUUCCCGAUCUUCCCUCAAGCCGGAUGCGCAGCGGACGACAUCAACAACUGCGUCUUUCCGAAAGCCACCCGGGCGACGCCACGCGUCAAUGGCAGCGUUCAAGCUAGUCCUGGCUACUUCACAGUUGAGCUGGCCACAAAUAUCAAGGUAGAGAUGACUGUUACCAAUCAUACAGCCCUAUACCGCUUCACCUUCCCGCAGAAGCCUGUGGAACUGAAUGCCACACUGAGUCCGCUCAUACUGGCUGACCUGUCCGACCUGCCAAACUCCCGCAUCAAUGGCUCCAUCUCGGUCGACAAUAGUACGGGACGCAUCACUGGCAACGGUACCUUCAGCCCAAGCUUCGGCAUUGGAAGCUAUACCCUUCACUUCUGCGCCGACUUCAAUGGUGCUGUAAUCCGCGAUACCGGUGUCUUCAUGAAUAAUCGCGCAGGAAACGAGCCGAAGAACCUGAGUGUUGUGCAGGACGGUGUUGACGUGUCGCCGGAGAUUCUGCCGGCCGGCGCGUGGACGAGAUUCCAAGCCCCAAACAAUACCAGCAACGAGAUGCUUGCUAGGGUUGGCGUCAGCUUCAUCAGUGUGGAAAAGGCAUGCUCGAACGCCGUCAGCGAAAUUCCUACUUUCGACUUCGAGAGCGUGCAUGCAGCGGCCGUCCAAGCGUGGACUGACAAGCUGGGUGUCAUUGAAGUCACGCCUGGAAGUGGUGUCAGCUCGACACUACAAACCGUAUUCUUCAGCGGUUUAUACAGGACUAGCAUAUCGCCGCAGGACUACACUGGUGAGAACCCGCUCUGGAACAGUACGGAACCGUACUAUGACUCCUUCUAUUGCAUAUGGGACUCUUUCAGAAGCAUCCACUCGCUAAUCACUAUCGUCGAUCCCAUCUCGCAGGUGCGCAUGAUGCGGAGUCUGAUUGACAUAUACCGGCAUGAAGGUUGGCUGCCUGACUGCCGGAUGUCGCUCUGCAAGGGCUUCACUCAGGGUGGUUCGAACGCAGACGUCCUACUCGCAGACACGUAUCUCAAAAUUAACACCAUCUCCGAUGGCAUCAAUUGGACAACCGCUUACGAAGCCGUAAGAGCGGAUGCGGAGGACGAGCCACAGAACUGGUCGGUGCAGGGUAGAGGCGGAUUGACGAGCUGGAAGAACUUGCACUAUAUCCCGACCGAUGACUAUGAUCCUUACGGCGUUGGGCCGUUCACACGUAGUAUAUCUCGGACCGUGGAGUAUGCGUACGAUGACUUCUGCAUUGCGGAGCUGGCGCAAGCACUAGGUAACAUGGCAGAUGCGGAGAAAUACUAUGAGCGCUCACAGAACUGGCGAAACAUUUUCCGAGCGGAUCAAAACAGCUCAAUCAACGGCACUGCUACCGGCUUCGCAGGAUUCCUCCAACCACGCUAUCUGAACGGUACAUGGGGUUUCCAAGACCCCAUCUUCUGCUCACCGUUGCUCAAUUUUACUUCCUGCUACCUUAAUCCGGAUGGCCACGAGACAUACGAAGGAUCAGCGUGGCUUUACACCUUCUUCGUCCCUCAAGACAUGGCGACCCUGAUCGCCACCCUUGGCGGGCCUACCGCUUUCGUCAACCGCCUUGACUACUUCCACACUAGCGGACUGCUCUAUAUUGGUGACGAACAAGGCUUUCUCCCCGUCUACCAGUAUCACUACGCCGGUCGUCCAGCCAAGUCCGCCGAACGUGCGCACUACUACAUACCAUCACAGUUCAACGACACCACCGUUGGCAUCCCUGGCAACGAUGACUCAGGAGCUAUGGGCUCAUUUGUCGCGCUCGCCAUGCUGGGACUUUUUCCCAGUCCGGGCCAGGAUGUCUAUCUGAUCACGCCGCCAUUCUUCGAGGAGUGGAGCAUCACUAACAAGCUUACGGGCAAGGUGGCCACGGUGCGAAAUGUCAACUUUGAUGCCGAAUACAGCAACAUCUAUAUUCAAAGUGCAACGCUGAAUGGACUGGCGUAUAGCAAGAACUGGAUCACGCACGCUUUCUUCUUGGAUGGCGGCGUGCUUGAGCUUACUUUAGGAAGGAAUGAGAGUACCUGGGGCACAAGAGGAGAGGACCUGCCGCCGAGUCUGUCGACGAAUGGACGUCCGAUGGGGUAUUACAAGUGGUAGACCACGUUGCGGGCGAAUGUCCAACGCCUGUUUGUACGUUCUCUGUCUCACGUGUGACUACGACUCCGAAUGCUUCCUAGGUUCGCGCCUGCAAGAUCUGCUACCAGGGUCACUGCUGCCUCCAAAGAUUAGCACAUGUACAGCUGUGAGCCCUGAAAGGAGUUCCGCCUUCAGCGGUCUGUGACAUUGCAAGGCUGGAACACAGGAAAGCCACGCGUUGCGGGUCUCCCAAGCAGUGCACAGAGAGUUCCAUAAGGUCCUGUGUUGCCCAUUCUACCGAGAAGAUAGGAUUGACUCGACAAAUGACACACGUUUGCCCGA